AUGGAUCCCAUGGAACAUGCACAGCUUAUGAAACAAGCUGGGAACCAGGAUUUUAAAAAUGGAAAUUACUCUUUGGCCAUCAGAAAGUAUGAUCAAGCUCUACAUGCCCUCAGUUAUUUGGUGCAGUGGUUCCCGUGUUCCAGGGACAUAGCUGUGUUACACUGCAACAAAUCAACGGCCUUGUACAAUCUUGGAAAAUGGCCAGAAGCUGUCUUUUCAGCCCAGCAGAGCUUACGCUGGGAUCCGGAGUAUGUGAAGGCUUAUUAUAGAGCUGGCCACUCAUUCAUCAUGUUAUCAGACACUUACCAGGCAAUUGCCAUGUUUCAUAAAGGUUUGAUUCUCCUGAAUGCUUCUGCAGAUAGAACUCAAGUUGCUGAUUUUGUAGCAGGAAUCUUCAUAAGUGUCAAUGAUGAGCAAGUCUUCCCACCCACUUUUCCCCCUGCCUAUGACUAUAUUUUCAGCGCAAGGUUCGAUGCGCUGAUCUGGCAAGCGGUGAUAGAAAGGCUGGCCCAAAAAGGGAUGUGGCGGUCAUGUCUGUUGUUGUUGUCUGAGAAGAAAGAGUUACCCACCAAUCUCAGAGUCAGCCAGUUAUCACUGAAGAAUCUCUUUGAGACUUCUGAGUGGUAUGGGCAUGGUGAGAAGAUGCAAGAAGUAGCAGACUUAGCCAAGUGGCUAAUUUCCAUUGGGGCAAAAGUUGAAACCAUUGGAGUUUAUCUGCUUCAUGCUGUUAUCAAACUGUGUAUCAGAGCAAGAAGGAACCAUUUCUUCAGGUGGUUACUAACUCGGAGGCCAGACUUGAAGGAUAGGCUCAACCAGCAGGACAGAGAUGGAUGCACGCUCCUGCAUGUUGUGGCAUCUUCCAAUGAGUAUUCCCAGAAACGCAGCCAAACAGAAGAUGUGAUCAUGCUCCUGAAUUAUGGGGUUGACCCCACUGUUCCAGAUGCACGGUCAAGAUAUGUCAUAGAUAUCUUGAAAAAGAACAAAAACUUUGGUGCAGUAAAAGCAGUCAGCAGUCACCUCGAGAAGCAGACUUCCUCUGUGAAACAGACAGGGGCAAAUGAAAGCAGAGCCGUAAGUGAUACAACAGAUUCCUUGCUGGAUGUUCUUGAACAGUUUGUCCGGUUCUACAAAUCUGAAAAGGGAGCACAUCAUAAAAAUGUAUUGAAGGAAGAUGCAGUUAAACAAUUUCUGAAAUUGCUGUCUUCAAUGAAAGAAAUCCCUGAAGGGGUGGUUUGCAACAUCCCUCAAGCCUGUGCUAACAGCUUUAUAAAACAGUUGCUGGAGAAGCAAAUGUGGCAUCAAGUUUUGCUGCUGCUAACAGGGAAAGCCAGUGGGGAAGAGCCAUCAGGUGUAGGACUCUUCAAAAACUGCAGUCUUUCAGAUGUUGACAUUGGCAACGUUAUCCAACAGUGCGAUGGAUCGGAUAAGCAAGUCCACCUCAUAAGAUGCUUGCUCGAACGAGGAGCUCUGCCAGACAGGAUUGGAACCAGCUCUGAGAUGCCACUGCAAAUAUGUCUCAAAAAGAAUUAUUUCCAACUGGUGUAUUUGCUGCUGACCAAAGGUGCAGAUCCUCAAAAUGUCUCCAUGGCACAAGGAGAUACUCCUUUGCAUGCUGCACUUUCCAUCUGUUUAAAUAAAGGAGAUGACACCGGUUUAAACAUCCUGGACUAUCUACUUGGUCUCUUUUCGUCAAGACCUUCUGACUUCCCAUACCUUAAUCCAAACAUACAAGAUGAUGAUGGAAAUACAGUGAUGCAUGUUAUUUUUCAGAAAGGAUUAUCAAAACAUACUAAGAGAAUAAUGGAGUCACUGGCAAAAUUUGAUGUUAACUUUAACAUAAAAAACAAAUUAGGAAGAGAUGUAAGGUAUAGAAUUAAAAAAAAAGACCCACUGCUGCUUGCUUGGAAUAAUGCACUGGGGAAAAGGAGACACCGGCAGGAUGUAGCAGGGCAGUCAGUUAAAACAUCUAAACACACUUCAGCUUCUGAGAUUUCACAGCCAAAGAGCACGGGACAUUCUUCAUCUGGGUCCUCAUUAAAGGCACCAUCUGGCAACACAGUGCAUAAUGAUUUAAAACCCCCAUGUUCUCUAAGGACAAAAAAAGCUCAUCUGGGGAAGCAGGAAACAGAAGGAGUAAAUAGGCCUUUAACACUGCAGGAAAGUCUAGUGAAAGCAAUCACAGCUUUAAUUCAGCAACUGAAAUUGACUGACACCCUAAGAAAGGAUCACCCCCUGGUACAAAAGCCAUCUUCAGCUCAAAAUAAUGUGGAAGAAGGAAGAAGUGAGUCCUUGCAACCUUGUGGAAGCAUAGCUUAUCCUGAAGGAAAAGGGGAUGAUUGGGAGAGAGAGAAGGAGGCACAGAAGUUUAGUAUGGCCCCGCCUAAUGGAGAGAAGGAAGAACCAGAGGAAGAGAAGGUGAAGAUUCAGGAUAUUGAGGCAUAUGUGCAGGAGUUUGAUAACAUGACCUGGGAAAUCGAGUGCACUCCUGAAAUGCUGAAGACAUUGGGCAGCAAAGCUGUGCCACAUUAUCUGAAAACUAAAACUAUAAUGGCAAUUAAGCGGCUUGGCAAUGGGGAAUGGACCAAAGGCCUUCAGAAGCCACUGAAACACUUGAAUACUGAUAUCCAGCUGUAUGAAUCCAAGUUGGACAAAGGUGCAAGAAUGCUAUGGGAACUUGCAAUUGACUUUUCUCCUCGUUGCAGUGAGAGUGCAGAAAAGAUAAUGGAGACAGAACAGACAAAAAGUCUUCCAGAAAAAUCGGGUAGAGUUUACACAGAAAUAAUCAGAAUUUGGGCCAUUGUUCUUGACCACUGUAAGCUGAACCGUGUCCUAGAAAAUAUAUGUAUUUCCUACAAACGUGGUUUAUCCUGCAUCUUGAGGAAAAAGCUGAAGGGCAUAAAUGAAGGACAGCAGAACCAUAACGUGACAACACAGAAACGUGUUCCACGUUGUUAUGUUGAAGACUCGGAGGCAGAAAAGACAAAAGAACGUACCACACCUGAGUAUUGCCCUCCAGCUAGUGCAGCAGAAUUGGAAUACAAUAUAAUGAAAUUUCACAGCUUCAGUACUAACAUGGCACUUAACAUUAUAAAUGAUGUACAUUCUUCUGUUGAAUACCCUUUCCGAGUUGGGGAGUUGGAGUAUGCAGUAAUUGAUCUCAACCCAAAGCCCAUGGAACCAAUCAUUUUAAUUGGGCGGAGCGGGACAGGGAAAACGACUUGCUGCUUGUAUAGGCUUUGGAAGAAAUUCUAUUCAUACUGGGAAAAAUCCACCCUGGCAAAUGGUCCUCUGCUGGAGAGACAAACAUGGCAGCAAAGACAGUGUAGUGAGGCUGAAAAAGCUAGGCUGGAGAAAGAGAAGAGUGAACUAAAACGAGACAGUGAUGAUUCGAGUGAGGAGCAGGUGAGCGAUGAGCAAGAUGAUGACAGUGAGGAUGAAAAGGUUUCUGCAGGUCCAGCUGCUGUGGAAACUACUUCAUGUGAUGACUGUGAAGAUGACCAAAUGCAUAGCCCAGAAGCAUCUAACAGGCUGGAGCACCUGCACCAGAUAUUUGUGACAAAAAAUCCUGUCUUGUGCCAAGAAGUUCAGAAGAAUUUCAUUGAACUAAGCAAGUCUUCUAAGAUAACCAGUCACUUUAGGUCUCUGGAACCAAAUGUUCACAAGCUACAAGAUGUUAAGGAUGAGAAUUUUCCGCUGUUUGUCACUUCCAAGCAGUUGUUGCUGUUACUGGAUGCAUCCAUGCCUGACCCAUUUUUUCCAAGAAAUGAAGAUGGAAGCCUUAAAAGAACCAUUGUUGGUUGGAGUCCUCAGGAAGACUUGGUGGUACCAAACUGGCAAGAUGAGGAUGAAGAAGGUAACAUUGAAGCAGAACACGGCGAUGAUGAAGGAGCUGCAGAUGCAUACUCUAAGGAAAGUGAUCCACGGAUUUUUGUGACUUAUGAUGUAUUUGCAAAUGAAAUAUGGCCAAGAAUGAUAAAAGGCAAAAGCUCUUAUAAACCAGCACUGGUUUGGAAAGAAAUAAAAUCAUUUCUGAAAGGCUCUUUCGAGGCACUGAAUUGCUCUGGGGGUAAACUUACUGAGGAGCAGUACAAAAAGCUAGGCCGAAAGAGAUCACCGAACUUCACAGAAGACAGGAGUGAAAUCUAUCACCUCUUUUGUCUUUAUCAGCAGAUACGAUCACAGAGAGGUUACUUUGAUGAAGAAGAUUUGCUGUAUAAUUUAUCUCAAAGGCUCUCAAAGCUUAAGGAGCUGCCGUGGUCCAUCCAUGAGUUUUAUGGUGAUGAGAUCCAGGAUUUCACCCAGGCUGAGCUAGCACUGUUAAUGAAAUGCAUUAAUGACCCUAAUGCCAUGUUUCUAACUGGUGACACUGCCCAGAGCAUAAUGAAGGGAGUUGCUUUUCGUUUUAGUGACCUGAGAUCACUGUUUCAUUAUGCAAGCAAGAACUCCAUGAACAAGAAGCAGCGUGUUAGAAAACCAAAAAGGAUAUAUCAGUUGUACCAGAACUACAGGUCCCAUUCAGGUAUUCUCUCUUUAGCAUCUGGAGUGGUUGAUUUGCUACAGCAUUAUUUCCCAGAAUCUUUUGAUCGUCUUCCUAAGGACCGUGGGCUCUUUGAUGGGCCAAAACCAACAGUCUUGGAGUCCUGCAGCAUUAGUGACUUAGCAAUUCUGCUGAGAGGCAACAGAAGGAAAACACAACCCAUUGAAUUUGGAGCACAUCAGGUGGUAUUAGUGGCAAAUGAAACUUCCAAGGAGAAGUUACCCGAGGAACUCAGUUUAGCACUUGUACUGACAAUUUAUGAAGCAAAAGGCUUGGAAUUUGAUGAUGUUCUCCUUUACAACUUCUUCACAGACUCAGAGGCUAGCAAAGAAUGGAAGAUAAUUUCUUCUUAUACUCCUGAUUCAGAUGUUCAAGUAGGAAGCAAAGUGUUAAUUGAAAUGCCUUUAGAGGAUGCUACUGGUAUGCAGAAGAGAGCUCCUUUCAAUUUGGAAAUGUACAAGAUGCUGAAUGGAGAACUGAAGCAAUUGUAUACUGCCAUUACAAGAGCCAGGGUCAACCUGUGGAUCUUUGAUGAAGACAGUGAUAAAAGGGCUCCAGCUUUCACGUAUUUCAUCAAAAGAGGAUUGGUUGAAGUUGUCAAAGCAGAUGAAAAGCAAGACCUAGAUGACAGCAUGUUUGCUAAGACGUCGACUCCAGAAGAAUGGAUUGCACAGGGAGACUACUAUGCUAAACAUCAGUUUUGGGAGGUGGCAGCCAAAUGUUACCAGAGGGGAGGAGCAGCUGACAAGUCAAAACUGGCCCUGGCACAUGAUGCUGUUCUGAAAGUGCAUUCAAAGAAAAGCAGUCCCAGGGAAAAACAGAUGGAAUAUUUGACUUUGGCUAAAACUUACUUGGAAUGUGGAGAACCAAAGUUAUCACUAAAAUGUCUGUUUCAAUCAAAGGAGUUCCGGCUUUGUGCAGAACUGUGUAAAAAGUUAGGAAAGAUGAAAGAUGCUGCAGUUUACUAUCAGAAAAGCCAGUGCUACAAAGAAGCAUGUGAAUGUUAUGAAGAAAUUGAGGGGUUUGAUUUGGCAAUUAAAAUGUAUUGUCAAGAACAACUCUAUGAAGAAGCAGCAAAGGCAGUUGAAAGAUAUGAAGAGAUGCUAAAUGCAAAAGGGCAAAUGGUUUCCAAACUGUCAUGUACAGCAAAUCAGCUGUAUUUGGAAGCAGCUGCAAAGUACCUGAGUAUGAACAGAACUGAGGAAAUGAUGCGAGUCCUUUCAAAACUUGAUAUAGAGGAUCAGCUUGAGUUUCUGAAGUCCCGUGGAUGUUUACACCAAACAGCAGACUUACUGAAAAGGGAAGGUCGAGAGGAAGAAGCUGCAAAAUUAAUGAAACAACACGGGUUUGCUCUGGAGGCAGCCAACCUCACAGCUGUAAAAGAGUUUCGCGCGUCAUGUUUGCUCACUGCAGCUCGUGCCAGUGUGAAUUGCUGCUCGGAAUCGGACCUGGCUGCCACAGAGGUCAUCCUAAGAGAAGCUCUGGAACUUUGUGAACAAACUGAGCAGAAGUCUGGCAUUGCUGAGGCUGUGUUUUUGCAGGGAGUUCUGAAGGCAGACUACACAAAGCUGCGUAGUGCGUACUGCCGGUUCCUAUCUCUGAAUCAUUCUGCUGGUGCAGUUGAAGCUCUUUUUGAAUUAUCUCGCUGCAGUGCUCCUAGCCAGGACAUCCUCUUCAUGGCAGUGCGUGGCUUAAUGGCUCUUCUAAGUCUGGUCAGGAGCUUGAAGAAAGCAGCCACCAAUGCUGAGAAAGAUAUGGUGAAGUCAUGCUUUGCCUAUUUUGGGAUUGUCCCAACAGGUGACAGUUGCCAGGUGUCUCAAAAUGAAGCUGAGCCCAUUCUCAGGUUUUUGUCAGACAAGCCAAAUCUCAAAGAGAGGAAGACAAAAGGUGAUUUCUCAGUAAGCACAGAGGAGGUAAAAUCAGCUUUGAGGCAGCACUUGUUAAGCAGGUUGUGCUCUAUCACCCAGGAGUUGCUGAACAAGCAUUACCCUGAUAUUUGUAUGAAGUUCAUUGCUGGUUUGAACUGUGAAGAUAAAAACUGCAGAGGUUACCAUAAGCCCUUGUUGCGCCAUGAAGCAAGGACAAUAGUGCAUUGUAAAAUGCAUCUGGUGGCAAUAAAUGGACUGCUCUUGGAGGCCAUGCACACUUUCCCUAAAGAGCUGCUGUAUCAUUGCAAAAGCUUUGAGGACAUUUUGACUGCUGAAAAAGAUGCAUCCUGCAAAGCUCUCAUAGACAUGUUUUUUCCUUGUCAUUUUCACUUGAGAAUACUGUCUGAGAACCCAAAGGCAUGCAAAGAAAUACUGGAAUUCAGUAACUUUAUUUCCAAACCCUGUAGAGCAGCAUUGAAGGACUACAUCACAUUUAAGUUUGAAAAUGAAGACACUGCAGCUAGAAGAGAAUCAACUGACUUGUGGCUACAUGUCAUGCAAGUUUUCAUCUUAUCCUCGGGAUAUCCUGAAGAAUUUGAGGAACUUCUUUUUAAGGAAGAGGAUGAUUAUAACAAAGAGCUAAGCUUUGCUUUGUCAAAGGUAAAAAACUCCACAAAGAGUAAAGGCCAAGGGGGAAAGGUCAAAGGAAUAGAGGGCAGACAUGGGAUGUUGCUACCUGACAAAAAUGUUGAAAAUGCAGGGAGAACACACUUGUGCUUCAUUCGACUUCUUGAAAAUUCACUGGAGCAAUUCUAUGUUCAUAAGAACCCAGAAAACUGUAAAAGGUUUUUUUUCCGUUUCAUGAAUGUCCUCAUCAAGAAAUGCACGAGAUACCUGAUUCCAAGCAUAGGAAAUACAGUGAUGUUGUUGGAAUUCCAGUAUAUCCUCUGUUGUGCUGUCCUGAUGCGUCUCUGCAAGAACAUGACUCUCUGCUUUCCAAAGAGUUACAUUGCUCUCAUUCACUACUGGGAGUUUUUGUUCAGAAGCAAGGACCGUAACAGAGAAGUUAAAGACACUUUUUCAAUUAUACAGGAGUAUAGACCAAGGGAUCCAUAUGUAUCUGUACAAACUUUCCGAUUUCAUCUCUGUUACCUAGCAGAAGUUUUGUGUGGAGUUAAUGGAAAUUUCACUGUCCUUCUGGAUGCUUUUGAGAAUCAUGAUUGCAUAACUUCAGGGGAGGCUGAGCGAACUGUAGUGCUGUGCUUAGUGAUGUUACUGAAUGCUGACCAGGUGCAGAAUUCUAAAUAUAGAUUCCUCUUAGGCCAGCAAUUCUCUGAAAUCAAAGCAAUGCUGAAAUCAAUGAGAAAAGACUCUCCCUCUAAAGUGCCUGGAAGAUUGCUGAGGAUUGUGGAGCAAGUGAGUGGUGCUACACAUAUAAGAGAAAUUGCUGCAGGCCUGCAAGAGCUUCUGGCAGAGCGUGAUGAAGAGCACUUAGUUGACUGCCGAUGGAGGUGGGACUCUGUGUACACUCAGGGGCAUCCACCCAUACGGGGCAUCCUGUAUGAACGGAUAAACCUUGACAGGUUUAUGACCUCUUUGGAUAAGACUGAAUACACUGAUGAGCUAGAAAAGGAACUUGGAAGGGUUCAUUGCUUAGAGGACCAAAAGGAUCCCCUGGAAGUGAUUGCACUCAGCAAGCAGCAGAAACAGGAACAGAAAGCAUCCGCUCAACGCCAGCUGCGUCGUGUCUUCCAUUUCGUUUCUCUGUGCAUGAAGUGGAAAAGGAAAGCCUGCUCCAAAGCUGAGCUUGUUGCAAUGGAAGGAGAGGAGUUCUUAUCGGAGAUCUUCAAAAAAGCAGAUAUUGACCAAACCCAGUGUGACCUCUGUGGAGACAAAUUUAAUCAGACCUCUGAGAACUAUUUCAGCCGGUCAGAAAGCAUGGAGGCAGACACUUCUGAAGCUGUGACACCAACAGAAGUUGGUGGGGAACAAAAAUUGCAUGCAGAAGGCAAUGCAAUUUCAGUGGCCAGUGAUGCUUACUUAGAGCACAGAAACACAGAGAAACACAGGAAUAAUGAUGCUGCCUACAAAUACUAUGCUGACUUUUUCAGAAGACAGAUAGAUCCGAUAAUACAUGAUGGUCUGGAAGUAGUGGAGGCCAUUAGGGAACAGACUUACACCCAAGACCAUUUAGCAUAUAAAGAAGGUUCCAACUUACGCCAGAGAAAAAUCCAAGAGAAUAUUAAGAAGAUUUCAGAUGCAGUAGAGGAAAUCUAUGAGAGAAAAGCCUGGGCUAAAGCGGAAGAAAUAAUAACCAAACAUGCUAACAAAUUGGUUGCCACCAUUGAUGAGGCUUGUAAGUGGCUGAAGAAGAUGGACUCUCAUAGGAUAAAAGAAGAAGGCUGUGUGCAUGAAAGAGACUUGGAAAACGAAGUGGAAGAUGAAAGCAUGGCUUUUGAAGAACUUGUCAAUAAAAAACCCUCCAGAAAAAAAGGAAGAUGGGGGAAAUGA